AUGAUGGAAAACACAGUGUUUAUGUCAUUCACGUUCUACAGCACGAUCUUGAUUUUAAAAAUGUAUGUCGUUGCCAUCAUUACGGGACAAGUGAGACUCAGAAAGAAGGCGUUUGCAAACCCGGAGGACGCGCUGCGCAACGGUGGGCUGCAGUACUACCGCGAGGACCCCGACGUGGAGCGGUGCCGCAGGCGA